CGGCGAAAUAAUAAAAGCUCGGUGUAGGAGGUUUUGAAUAUCAGUUUAAUUUUUGAAAGUGAACACUAUCGUGUACUUGUGACUUGUAUUUCUUUUCCUACGUUACUUUCGCGUAUUUCAUUUAAUUCAACAUGUCGUUGGAACGUGCUGUUCGUGCUAAAAUCGCUGGUAAACGCGACCCACAACAAGACAAAGAAGCUCAAGAAUGGGUUGAAGCUAUUUUGGGCAGAAAAUUCCCCUCCGGUGUCGCUUAUGAAGAUUACCUCCGCGAUGGUGUCGUCUUGUGCGAAUUAAUGAACAAAAUUGCACCUGGAAGCAUCUCCAAAAUCAACACAUCUGGCGGUGAUUUCAAAAUGAUGGAAAAUAUCAACAAAUUCCAAGCUGCCUGCAAAGCUUAUGGUGUAGCCGAUCUUGACACGUUCCAAACUGCCGAUUUAUGGGAAAGGAAAGAUAUUGCUCAAGUCACCACCACAUUGUUUGCUUUAGGAAGAGCUACUUACAAACACCCAGAAUGGACUGGACCUUACCUAGGACCCAAGCCAUCUGAUGAAUGCAAGAGAGAUUUCAGCGAAGAACAAUUGAAAGCUGGUCAAAGCAUCAUUGGUUUACAAGCCGGAUCAAACAAAGGUGCCACUCAAGCCGGACAAAAUAUUGGCGCUAGCCGUAAAAUCUUGUUAGGAAAGUAAAUUUAAAUUCCAUUUUUGAGUCUCGACGAUUGGAGUGUUUUUGGAGUAAUUUAUUCAUCUCUUUCUUUACCUAUUUUUUUUUUUUUAAUCGUAACAAAUUGUUAUUAUUUACCGGGUAUUGUGCAUUUUUGUAUAUAAAUUCGAUAUAGAUGGAAGUUCAGAGCAGUUUGUAAUUUUUUUUUUUACUAUCUACGUUUAAUGUUGUUAACUUUUGAAUAAAAGGUGAAAACCGAAA